CCUAGACUCUUCUUCCCAUUCUGUCCUUUCUUUUCUUGUCCUCCAUUUUUCCAUCUCUUCUGCAGCUCUCAUAAAUUUCCUUCUUUGGUUUCUGCAGAUUGUGAAAGAACUAAUUAAAUACUCUUUUGUAUGUGUUGAUCUAAUAAAAAUAAAGAAAAUGGAAGGAGGGGUUCAUCCUGGCACAGAUGCAACAGCUUUCAGGGAGUGUUUGGCUCUGUCUUGGAAGAACCCUUAUGUUCUUCGCCUUGCUUUCUCCGCUGGAAUUGGUGGACUUCUCUUUGGCUAUGAUACUGGAGUGAUAUCUGGAGCUCUUCUUUACAUCAGAGAUGACUUCAAGUCUGUUGACAGACGAACUGUCUUGCAGGAAGCUAUAGUGAGUACGGCGGUGGCCGGAGCAAUCGUAGGGGCGGCGAUUGGUGGAUGGUUAAAUGACAAAUAUGGGCGAAGAACUGCCAUACUAUGCGCCGACUUCCUGUUUCUUGUAGGAGCCAUUAUCAUGGCUACUGCCCCGAGCCCUGCCCUUCUAAUUGUCGGAAGAAUUUUCGUGGGUCUUGGAGUGGGAAUGGCGUCCAUGACUUCUCCGUUAUACAUUUCCGAGGCAUCUCCGGCGAAGGUUAGAGGAGCCCUUGUGAGCACCAAUGGUUUCCUCAUCACCGGCGGCCAGUUUCUGUCCUAUCUCAUCAACCUUGCUUUUACCAAGGCACCUGGGACAUGGAGAUGGAUGCUUGGAGUUGCAGGUGUCCCAGCCGUGGUUCAGUUCAUACUAAUGCUUCUCCUCCCGGAAUCACCCCGUUGGCUGUACCGCAAGGGGAGAGAAGCGGAAGCCGAAGCAAUACUGCGGAAGAUCUAUUCACCAGAGCAAGUGGGCGCGGAGAUUGAAGCGCUAAAAGAAUCAGUGGAGAAAGAAAUCCAAGACAAGCAGGCAUCGGAGAAGGUCACCCUCCUCACACUGCUUCAAUCCACGACGGUGAGAAGAGGGCUAAUAGCCGGUGUGGGGCUCCAGAUCUUCCAGCAAUUCGUGGGCAUCAACACCGUGAUGUACUACAGCCCCACCAUCGUUCAGCUGGCCGGCAUCGCCUCCAACCAGACGGCGCUCCUCCUCUCGCUCGUCACCGCCGGGUUGAAUGCCGUCGGCUCGGUCGUGAGUAUUUACUUCAUUGAUAGGACGGGGAGGAAGAAGCUCCUGGUUUUCAGCUUGAUUGGCGUCGUGCUCUCGCUCGGAUUUCUGUCGGCGGUGUUUCACGAGGCUACUUCGCAUUCCCCUGCUGUUAGCAACGCCGAGACGGCGCAUUUCAAUGCGUCGUCGACCUGCCCUGAUUAUCGCGGCGCCGCCUCUCCUCGGCUCUGGGAUUGCACCAGCUGCCUCAAAGCUUCCUGCGGAUUCUGUGCUUCACAUCAAAAUAAGCUACUUCCGGGUGCGUGUUUGAUCUCAGAUGACAAUAUGAAAGAUGCCUGUCACGAAGAACACAGAUUGUGGUACACAAGGGGAUGCCCCAGCAGCUUCGGGUGGCUGGCUCUCAUAGGCCUCGCCCUCUACAUCAUCUUCUUCUCGCCAGGGAUGGGAACCGUGCCUUGGAUCGUUAACUCCGAGAUAUAUCCUCUCAGAUUCCGAGGAAUAUGCGGAGGGAUUGCCGCAACAGCCAACUGGAUAUCUAACCUCAUAGUGGCACAGUCCUUCUUGUCCCUAACUCAUGCCAUUGGAACAUCAUGGACCUUCCUCGUAUUCGGGGUGAUAUCUGUGGUCGCGCUGCUCUUUGUUUUGAUCUGUGUGCCGGAAACCAAAGGGCUUCCCAUUGAAGAAAUUGAGAAGAUGCUGGAGGGGAGAGCUCUGCAGCUAAAAUUCUGGAACAAGAAGGAGAAAGUUGCUAAGGAUGGAGCAAAUGUAUGAUGGGAGAGAGUGAAAGGGAUAUCAAUUUGACUUGUAAAGUUGUAGUGUUUCUUGUUUUGGGUUCCCAAAAUGUUAGUUUGAGCAAUGAAAUAUUGUUGACAAAUAGCUCAACAUGUAUGUAUGGAUUUACUAAACCCAAACUUCUAUACAUAAUGUAUGAUCCCUUUCAAUAAAACAUAUAUAUCUACUAAAUUA